GGUCGGGGACGGCAACCCGUCUUCAAAAGCUCCUCUUACGGUUGCUAGGUUCCACCAUGCGCAAUGGCUCACCCUCCCGUCCUGUCAGUAGUUCUCGCUGCCCUUGCACUGCUUGCGCCCCGUGCUGCAGGAUACCCAUGGUAUUGGUGCGGUGUAGAAACCGGCGUAACAUUCCAGGACAAUAGCACGUACCAGGCAAACCUCAACCUCAUCGCUGCCACCCUCCCGAAGAACGCCUCGACUUCGCCGGACCUCUACGCCACAGCCGAGGUCGGCGCCGUGCCGGAGAGGGUCUCGGCUCUCGCGCUCUGCCGCGGCGACGCCAACGCCUCCUUCUGCUUCAGCUGCCUCACCACAGCCUUCGCCCACCUAGAGAGCUCGUGCGUCAACCAGAAGGACGCGAUCAUCUACUACGAUCCCUGCAUGCUUCGCUACUCAAACGUCCAGUUCCUCUCCGCCGACGAGGACGACCCCGGAACCGUGGACGCGGACCUCGGUUCCUUCCCUUCCAACAAUGCGAAAGCCACGUCGUCGCCAGGCCAGUACGAGCUCGUCGUGGCCACGCUCCUGAACGCCACCGCGGACUACGCCGGGUACAACUCCACGCGCCGGUACGCCUCCGGGGAGGCUUCCGUCGACCGGGGGGAGUUCUCCAAAGUGUAUAGCUGGGCGCAGUGCACGCCGGAUCUGACGCCGGCGCGGUGCCGUGAUUGCCUCUCCCGGAUGAUGGCGCAGUUGACGACUCUAGUCGCGAUCGGAGCAAGGGCUCUUGGUCCCCGAUGCAGCGUCCGGUACGAGACCCAGCCCUUCAUUGAUGGCCCCGUGAUGCUGCAGCUGGCAGCAAGCUCUGGAGCACCAGCGCCGGCGCCGGUUAUUCCGGCAGCGGCGACAGAACAGCGAAAAAGGAAGUACAGUGUUCCUGGCAAGGUUCUUAUAAUUCUGCUACCUAUAAUGGCUGCCACAAACCUUAUUGUUUGGCUCUUUUUCUGGAGAAGGCACCAGGCACUAACAAAGAAAAAACAAGCAGAUUCGAAGGAUUCAGCUGAGGUAGACGAGGGCAUGCAAAGCAUAGAGUCAAUAGUAAUUGACAUUUCAACUUUGCGAGCUGCAACAGAGGAUUUUGCAGAGAGCAACAAACUUGGUGAAGGUGGAUUUGGCGUGGUGUACAAGGGUACUCUCCCAGACGGCUAUGAAAUAGCAGUGAAGAGAUUGUCCAAGAGCUCAAUCCAAGGGGUAGAGGAGCUGAAGAACGAACUAGCCUUGGUUGCAAAGCUGAAGCACAAGAACCUAGUUAGGCUUGUCGGCGUCUGCUUGGAGCAACAGGAGAGGCUGCUCAUCUACGAGUUUGUACCAAACAGAAGCCUUGACCUGAUCCUUUUCGACAAGGAGAAACGCGAGCAACUUGACUGGGAAAAGAGGUACAUGAUCAUAAACGGAAUCGCUCGUGGCCUGCAAUACCUCCAUGAAGAUUCUCACCUCAAAGUAGUACAUCGUGACCUCAAAGCAAGCAAUAUCUUACUAGACAUGAAGAUGAACCCGAAGAUCUCGGAUUUUGGCCUGGCCAAAAUUUUCGGAAGAGACCAAAUCCAGGGAGUGACGAGCCGUGUCCUCGGCACAUGUGGAUACAUGGCUCCCGAGUACGUCAUGUCUGGGAACUACUCUGUGAAAUCGGAUGUGUUCAGUUUCGGCGUCUUGGUUCUGGAAAUCCUGACGGGUAGGAAGAACAAUGACUCAUACCAGUCUCAGGAUCUCUUGACCACCAUAUGGGAGCAAUGGACGGCAGGAACGGUAUUGGAGAUGAUGCCAUCCGGCAUCAAGAGCAGCUCCACGGAGAGCGACGCGCUGAGGUGCAUCCAUGUAGGGCUUCUCUGCAUUCAGGGCGACCCAGCGGACCGGCCGAUGAUGUCCACGGUGGUCAUGAUGCUCGGCAGCAACACAUUCGCUCUCCAAGCUCCGUCCAGGCCGCCGUUCUACGCAACGAACGAAGGCGCGAGUUCAAGCACCACGGCAAGCCUGUCAAACUCGUCAAGCGCACAUCCGGUCCCAGAUAUUAUACCAAGUUCAUUUGCCAAUUAACAUACUAAAGAGGGUGUGUGCGGACGUACGAUCCUCUAAAAACUGUCGCCGGUACUUGUAUGAAUGUGAAUCAAUCUAUGCACAUGCUAGGGUUUUCUCUUUUUUUUUUCUUUUAGAAAAAGCAACAUAUCAUUUUAAUUUUGUGAAUCAAAA